AUGAAAUUCCUUGUCCUGGCUGCUCUGCUCACAGUCGGUGCCGCCGACAGCGGCGUGGCGCCUCGAAACCUGUUGCAGUUUCGUGGCAUGAUCCAGUGCACGAUCCCUGGGAGCUCCCCCUACUUGGAGUUCAACGGCUACGGCUGCUACUGCGGUCUGGGCGGCUCAGGCACUCCUGUGGAUCAACUGGACAGGUGCUGCCAGACGCAUGAUAACUGCUACUCCGAAGCCCUGAAGCUGAGCAACUGCAAACCCAUUUUGGACAACCCCUACACCAAUUCUUACUCCUACACGUGUUCCGGCACCACGGUCACAUGCAGCAGCUCAAACAAUGCAUGUGAGGCCUUCAUCUGUAACUGCGACCGCAAUGCUGCCAUCUGCUUUUCCAAGGCGCCAUACAACGAUAAAUACAAGAACUGGAGUAACAAAAACUGCUAG